CCGGGCUCUUCCUCCCCGGCGGCCCGAUCUCUUGGUGGCGGCGACUGAGCCGGGAGUGAGCGCGCUGGGCGCGGCCGUUCCGUGUCGCCCGGCGGAGCUCAAGAGCCCCGAGGUCAUGGUCUGUGCUGUGGCGCGGGGCGCCUGAGCCCCGGGACUCGAGCUCCGGAGGCGGCUGGCGCGGGCGCUCCCCAGAGGCCGACGGAAGGUGAGCGCUGUGGGCUAUGGGAUGGAUGAGGUGGAGCAGGACCAGCAUGAAGCCCGACUCAAGGAGCUGUUUGACAGUUUCGACACCCUGGGAACUGGGUCUCUGGGUCAAGAGGAGCUCGCUGACCUCUGCCAUGUCCUGAGCUUGGAGGAUGUGGCUCCAGUGCUGCAACAGACACUGCUUCAGGACAACCUCUUGGGCAGGGUACAUUUUGACCAAUUUAAAGAAGCACUAAUACUUAUCUUGUCUAGAACUCUAUCCAGUGAGGAGCACUUUCAGGAGUCAGAGGCUCAGCCCAAAUAUGUGAGAGGUGGAAAGCGCUACGGACGAAGAUCUCUACCCGAGUUUCAAGAAUCCGUGGAAGAGUUUGCACAGGUGACAGUGCUUGAGCCACUAGAUGAAGAAGCAAAGCCAUCACACAUCCCAGAUGGUGACUGCAGUGAGCACUGGAAGACACAGCGCAGUGAGGAGUAUGAGGCAGAAGGUCAGCUAAGGUUUUGGAACCCAGAUGACCUGAAUGCUUCACAUAGUGGGUCUUGCCCUCCCCAAGACUGGAUAGAAGAGAAACUGCAAGAGGUUUGUGAAGACCUGGGGAUCACUCGAGAUGGUCACCUAAACCGGAAGAAGCUGGUUUCCAUCUGCGAACAGUACGGAUUACAGAAUGUGGAUGGAGCGAUGUUGGAGGAGGUCUUUCUCGGUCUUGAUCCUGACGGUACAAUGAGUGUAGAAGACUUUUUCUAUGGUCUGUUUAAAACCGGGAAAUCCCUCACACCAUCAGCGUCUACUCCAUACAGACAACUAAAGCGGCAUCUCUCUAUGCAGUCUUUCGAUGAGAGUGGACGGCGGACCACAACCUCAUCAGCCAUGACAAGCACCAUUGGCUUCCGGGUUUUCUCCUGCUUGGAUGAUGGGAUGGGCCAGGCAUCUGUGGAGAGGAUCCUGGACACCUGGCAGGAAGAAGGCAUUGAAAACAGCCAGGAGAUCCUGAAGGCCUUGGAUUUCAGCCUGGAUGGAAAUGUCAACCUGACUGAGCUAACGCUGGCUCUUGAAAAUGAACUUUUGGUUACCAAGAACGGCAUCCACCAGGCAGCUCUGGCCAGCUUCAAGGCUGAGAUCCGGCAUUUGUUGGAACGGGUUGACCAAGUGGUCAGAGAGAAGGAGAAGCUGCGGUCGGACCUGGACAAGGCAGAGAAGCUGAAGUCUCUGAUGGCCUCUGAGGUCGACGAUCACCACGCAGCCAUUGAGCGGAGGAAUGAGUGCAACCUCAGGAAAUUGGAUGAGGAAUACAAGGAGCGCAUAGCAGCCUUAAAGAAUGAACUCCGCCAAGAGAGGGAGCAGAUCCUGCAGCAAGUGGGCAGGCAGCGGGUGGAGCUGGAGCGGGAAAUUGAAAAGGCCAAAACAGAAGAGAACUACACCCGGGACCGCCUUGCCCUCUCCCUGAAGGAAAACACUCGCCUGGAAAAUGAGCUUCUGGAAAACGCAGAGAAGUUGGCAGAGUACAAGGCCCUGACCAAUAAACUUCAGCGGAAUCUGGAAAAUGUGUUAGCAGAAAAGUUUGGUGACCUCGACCCCAGCAGUGCUGAAUUCUUUCUUCAAGAAGAGAGGUUGGCCCAGAUGAGAAAUGAAUAUGAGCAACAGUGCAGGCUAUUACAAGACCAAGUGGAUGAACUCCAUUCAGAGCUAGAAGAAUAUCGUGCACAGGGCAAAGUGUUCAGGCUCCCCUUGAAAAACUCGCUGUCAGAAGAACUUGACGUUAACAGCGGUGGCAUUGAGCCUGACCAAGGGCUUGCUUCUGAAGAAUGCAAUCCACUGAAUAUGAGCAUUGAGGCUGAGCUGGCCAUCGAACAGAUGAAAGAACAACACCACAGGGACAUGUGUCACCUGAGACUGGAGCUGGAAGAGAAAGUGCACCAUUAUGAAAAGCAGUUGGAUGACACCAGGGUCACCUGUGAGAAGGAGCAGGCGGCCAUGAAGCAAAAGUAUGAGCAUGGAAUGCACACCUUGGAGACACAGAUAAGCGACCUUCGAGGUGAGAUCACAGAUCUCCAAGGGCAGGCGGUGGUACUGAAGGAGGCCCACCACGAGGCGAGCUGCAGGCACGAGGAGGAAAAGAAGCGACUGCGGCUGGUGUUUGAGGAGGAAAAGACUCAGCUUCAGGAGGAGCUGCGGCUGGAGCAUGAGCGGGAGCUCCAGGCCAGGCUGCAGCAGGCCGAGGAACACUUUCAGCAGGAGAGAGAGGGGCUCGCUCAGGCUGCUGCCUGGACCGAAGAGAAGGCGAGGGGCUUGACGCAGGACCUGGAGCAAUCUUACCAGGAGCAGCUGCUGAGCCUGGUAGAGAAGCACGCCCUUGAGAAAGAGCAGCUGAGGAAAGCGCUCUUGGAACAUCACCAAAGGGAACUUCAAGAGGGAAGGGAAAAAAUGGAAACAGAGUGUAAUAGAAGAAUCACUCAGAUAGAAGCCCAGUUUCAGGCUGACUGUGAGAAAGUUACUGAGCGCUGUGAACAAACUCUGCAAAGCCUGGAGGGGCGCUAUCGCCAAGAGCUGAAGGACCUCCUGGACCAGCACCUGGAGGAGAGGUCCCAGUGGGAGUUUGAGAAGGAUGAGCUCACUCAGGAGUGCACAGAAGCCCAGGAGCAGCUGAAGGAGGCGCUCCAGAGGGAGAAGGCAACAGCUCUCAUCCUGAACCAGGAGCGAGAGAUGCUGGAGAAGACAUACAUGGAACGUUUGAGCAGCCUAAGCAUGGAAAGAGAUGGGCUGCUACAAGACCUGGAAGACCUGCGGAAUACUUCUGAGAGCCAGCAUGGCCUCUUGUCUGAUCAGAUCCUUGAGCUGAAGAGAAGUCAGGGGAGAGAGCUGAGGGAGCGAGAGCUACGCCAGACAGGGACUUCUGAGCAGCUAGCCAGCCAGCAGCUUGAAAGGCUACAGGUAGAGCAUGAACGAGAGAGGCAAGAAAUAGUAGGUAAGCUUGCAGCCCUGGAGAGCGCCCACAGAGUGAGCCGUGAGAGAGCCGAUCUAGAGAAGGCUGAGCUGAGUGCAGAAAUCCUCAGGCUUCAGAAUACAGUAAAGGACAUGAAACAGGCAGCAUCUCUUUCGGUAUUUGAGGGUGCUCAUUCUCUGGUAAUGAUGGGGGAGGAGGCAGAAGGAAAUGGAGCCAUGUCCCUGCUUCAGCAAGGGGAGCAGCUGUUGGAAGAAAAUGGUGACGUCCUCAUCAGCCUGCAGAGAGCUCAUGAGCAUGCCGUGAAGGAAAAUGUGAAAAUGGCUACUGAAAUCUCUAGAUUGCAACAGAGGCUGAAACAGUUAGAGCCAGGGUCAGUGAUGUCACCUUGUUUGGAGGAGCAAAUGACUGAGAUUUCUGGAAGUUCCCGGGAACAAGCUGAGCCAUUUGUAUCACAAGUAAAGCAAGGAGAAAGUGCCACCACCAAGCACAUCCUCAGGGACUUAGGAGACCGCGAGGCCCAGGACCUGGGAAGUACAGGGACAAGCUCUGUUCGAAGGCAGGAGGGCAAAACUGAGGAGUUGGAAACUUCGCUGGAGUGCUUUUCUGAGCUCGAAAACAGUGAAGAUGCCAGGACAGAAUCCUGGGACUUGAAGAGCCAGAUCAUUCAACUCCAGGAGCAACUAACAGUCUUACGUGCGGACUGUGAUCGGGCUUCUGAAAGGAAGCAGGACCUACUCUUUGAUAUUUCUGUGCUGAAAAAGAAACUAAAGAUGCUGGAGAGAAUCCCCGAGGCAUCUUCCAGAUAUAAGUUGUUAUACGAGGAUGCCACUAGAGAAAAUGCCUGCCUCCAGGAGGAGUUGAGGCUCAUGGAAACACGCUACGAUGAGUCAAUGGACAGCAACCAAGAGCUCACUACUGAAGUCUUCAGGCUGCAGGAUGAGAUGAAGAAAAUGGAGGAGGUGCUAGAAACGUUCCUUAGCCUGGAGAAGAGUUACGAUGAGGUCAAGAUGGAAAACGAGGAGCUCAGUGCUCUGGUGUUGCGGCUUCAAGGGAAGAUGGAGAAGGUUCUGGAUAGAGCCCCCUUGCACUGUGACAGCUACCCCUUGUGGGAAGCCCCUUCAGAACAGCUGGAGGUCAUCUCUGAUGAAAAGGUGCUUGAACUCCGCCAGGCUGCAGAAGAGUGUACACCCAAGGUCAUGAGCAUGCGCCACAUCCUAGAAGAAUGCAGACAAGAAACAAAAUGCUGUGAACAGGGAAGCACACGGCUCCUGGCCAGAAUAAAAGCACACGAAAUCGCCUGGCUCCACGGGACAAUUCAGACAUGUCAGGAAAAGCCUAGUGUGCAGAAUCAGGUUCUCCUGGAGGAAAGUGCUGCCCUCCUAGGCCGUCAAGACACACAUCUUGACCAUCAGGUCACAAUCGCAGAGUUAGACCUGGAGAAACAGAAGCUACAGGAGCUGACUAGAAAGUUGAGGGAGCGAGUCAGUACAUUAGUUAAGCAAAAAGAUGCACCUUCUCAAGGAGAGAAGGAGGAAGAGCUGAAGGCAAUGAUGCAUGACUUGCAGAUCACAUGCAGUGAGAUGCAACGGAAAGUUGAACUUCUGAGAUAUGAAUCUGAAAAGCUUCAAGAGGAAAAUUCUAUUUUGAGAAAUGAAAUUACUACUUUAAAUGAAGAAGAUACCAUCUCUAACCUGAAAUUAGAGGAAUUAAAUGGAUCUCAGGAAGAAUUGUGGCAGAAAAUAGAAACUGUAGAACAGGAAAAAGCUUCAAUUGAGAAGAUGGUUGAAAAAUUAAAGAAACAGGUUUCAGAUUUAAAAAUCAAAAACCAACAGUUGGAUUCAGAAAAUGCAGAACUCAGCCAAAAGAACUCCCAAAACAAGGAAGAGCUGCAAAAACUUAAUCAACGUCUGGCAGAGAUGCUAUGCCAGAAGGAGGAGCCAGGAACCUGCACCUCUGAGAAAUGGGAACAAGAAAACUUGAGUCUGAAAGAAGAGCUGGAUCGAUGCAAAGUGCAGACUUCCACUUUAGUGGCUUCUCUGGAGGCAGAGCUUUCUGAAGUUAAACUGCAGACUCACAUUGUGGAACAGGAAAACCUCCUUCUCAAAGAAGAGCUGGAGAAACUGAAGCAGCUGCACAGAUGUCCUGAUCUCUCUGACUUCCAGCAAAAAAUGGCUAGCAUUCUAACCUACAACGAACAGCUGCUGAAGGAGAAAGAAGCUCUAAGUGAAGAAUUAAGCAGCUGCGCUGAUAAGUUGGCAAAAUCAAGCCUUUUAGAGAACAAAAUUGCAACAAUGAAGCAGGAACAGAGGACUUGGGAGCAGCAGAGUGAAAGCUUAAAGUCACAGCUGGUGACGUCCCAGGAAAAGGUUCAGAAUUUAGAAGAUGUCCUGCAGAAUGUAAAUCUUCAGAUGUCCCAGAUUCAAUCGGACCUCCAAGUGACCCAGCAGGAGAAGGAGGCUUUAAAACAGGAAGUGAUCUCUUUACGCAGACAGCUUCAGAAUGCUGGUGACAAGGACUGGAUCUCAGAAACAGCCAUCCAUCUCUCAGGGCUCCAUGACCAACAGAAAAGGCUCUCCUGGGACAAGCUGGAUCAUCUCAUGAAUGAGGAGCCACAGCUGCUUUGUGAAGAGAGCAAGAGGCUCCAGACUUUGGUGCAGAGCACCAAAGCAGACCUCACACACUCCCGAGAGAAGGUCCAUCAACUGGAAUCCAACCUUCUUCCCAUCAAACAUCAGAAACAACUCCACCAGUCCUAUACUGUGAAACCCAUAGAACAGGAGAAAAUGACUUUAAAGAGAGAGUGUGAACAGUCUCAGAGAGAACAAUCUCCUACUAGUAGGAAGGUCAGUCAGAUGAGUUCCCUUGAGCGAGAAUUAGAAACACUUCAUUUGGAAAAUGAAGGCCUGAGGGAGAAACAGGUGAGACUGGAUGAGCAGCUAAUGGAGAUGCAGCCCCUGAGGUCCACUGUGAUGCUUAGCCCAUCCUCUCACUGGGAUCUGCAGCUGCUGCAGCAGCAAACCUGCCCGGUGGUGCCCAGGGAACAGUUUCUGCAGCUUCAACAGCAGCUGCUGCAGGCAGAACGGAGAAGCCAGAACCUGCAGGAGGAGCUUGAUAAUAGGACUUCCGAGACCAACACACCACAGGGAAGCCAGGAACACCUUGUAAAUCUCAUGGAAGAGCGAAUGAUAGAGGUUGAACAAAAACUGAGGCUGGUUAAAAGACUUCUUCAAGAGAAAGUGGAUCAGCUCAAAGAACAACUCUGCAAGAAUACAAAAACAGACGCCAUGGUGAAGGAUUUAUAUGUUGAAAACGCCCAAUUGUUGAAAGCUCUGGAAAUGACUGAACAGCGGCAGAAAACAGCAGAGAAGAAAAAUUACCUCCUAGAGGAGAAGAUCGCCAGCCUCAGCACCAUCGUCAGGAACCUGGCACCAGUACCACUGGCUUCUACACCUCCUUUGAGGUCAUAGCCAUACCAAAGGAUGCACUGAUAUUUGUGCACUGACGUUCAUGGAACACUUCCAUCCGUACCCCGAACCCUCUAAAAAACUCUCAGUGGCUUUCACUCAAGCC